AUGCUUCAGAAAAUUCUACCCCGUCGCCUUCGCCCUGGAGAUACCAUCGGCUUUAUUUCUCCUUCACUCCGGCUCAAUAAACACUUUGAGCCUGCUUUAGCUCGAGCAUCAGCAGCGCUCUGUGCGCGUGGCUACAAAACGAAAGAGUUCUUUACUUCGGUCGCUGGAGUACAAAAUGAAAUCACACAACGCCUAACUGAGCUCCACAGUGCGUUUGAGGAUGAUGAAGUUACAGCUAUUGUUUGCACGUUUGGCGGCGACGCCUUCUCAGAGUUGCUCCCCGCAUUGGUCGCUGAUACCGAUUUGCACCAGCUAAUUCAGACUAAACCCAAGAUUGUCAUUGGCUUAUCCGACAUGACAGGGUUACACUGGUUCUUGUUCGCUUGCACAGGUCUUCGCACAUUCUAUGGUCCAAGUGCAAUCCCCGAGCUUGGGACAGUAGAUGACUCUGAUAAUGCGGGGACGCCCCGUGGAUUUUGCCUUCAGGCUAUGCUGGACGCUAUUACCAAAGACACUUGUCUAGGCCAAAUUCCAAAGUCUUUGACUUAUGCCUCAGAUUUUCCUGCUUUCUUUGGAGAUUCCAGCUCCCUGGACGCCCAGGCCGUCAGUCCGACACCGGCUUGGGAGUGGCUCCGACCUGGUAAAGCAACGGGCCGUUUGUUUGGUGGAUGUUUAUCCGUGAUUGCAAGACUUAAUGGAGUUAAAGCAUUUCAACUGGAUUGGAAAGGACGGAUUAUUUUUAUCGAAACAUCUGGAUCAGAUGCGGAAGAUCUUGAUUCAGUCAAAUCCGGCCUUGCCUGGCUCAUUGCGCAUGGCAUGUUCGAAGAGGCUGCUGGUCUUAUUAUUGGCAGACCCUACGGGUACAAAACUCCGGAGCGGAUGGCAGAAUAUGCAGGCGUAUUCAAAUCAUUGCUUUGCGAAGGACGAUUGGCAGAGAAGAAUCCAUUCCCAAUUCUCUUUAACGUUGACAUUGGGCAUACGUCACCCAUGGUCACUUUGCCCAUGGAUGCACUUACUGAAUUGGAUUCGACAAACGACACAUUUGCUAUUCUUGAAGCUGGCGUACAGUGA